CCCCGCGGGCAGAGCCGGGGCCCGGCCGCAGCCCAUGUUCGGCGGCGGCGGCGGCUCGUGAGGCGGAGGCUCGGGGCUCGCGCGGCUGCAGGCACCGUGGCGCCCGCGGGGACGGAGGGGGGAAUGAGUGAGGAGGAGCAGGGCUCCGGGCUCCCCAGUUUAGAGCAAAUGCUGGCAGCCAACCCGGGCAAGACUCCGAUCAGCCUCUUGCAAGAGUAUGGGACGAGAAUAGGCAAGACCCCCGUGUACGACCUGCUCAAAGCCGAGGGCCAAGCCCACCAGCCCAAUUUCACCUUCCGCGUCACUGUCGGCGACAGCACCUGCACCGGCCAGGGCCCCAGUAAGAAAGCAGCCAAGCACAAGGCCGCCGAAGAGGCCCUCAGAUACCUGAAGCGGGGUAGCGUGCUCGAGGCGGUUCCCGAAGACAGCAGGAGGUCGCCCAUGGAGGGGAAAGCCCCAGUGUCGGCGCAGCAAUCAGAAUGUAACCCCGUCGGGGCCUUACAGGAGCUGGUAGUGCAGAAGGGCUGGCGCCUGCCCGAGUACACGGUGACCCAGGAGUCCGGCCCCGCUCACCGCAAGGAGUUCACCAUGACCUGCCGCGUCGAGCGCUUCGUGGAGAUCGGGAGCGGCACCUCGAAGAAGCUGGCCAAGCGCAACGCGGCGGCCAAGAUGCUGGUCCGCAUCCACAACGUCCCCAUGGACCUGCGGGACGGGCCCGAGGCCGAGGCCGAGGAUGACCAGUUCUCCAUGGGCACGGGGUCUCGGCUGGACGGGGGCAAGGGGAAGACGGCGGGCUGCACGUGGGACUCGCUGAGGAACUCGGCCGGGGAGAAGAUCGUGUCGCUGCGCAGUCAGCCCCUGGGCACGGCCGGGCCCGGCUCCUGCGGCCUCCUGCACGACCUGUCCGAGGAGCAGGCCUUCAACGUCAGCUACCUGGACAUCGACCAGCUGAGCCUGAGCGGGCUGUGCCAGUGCCUGGUGGAGCUGACGACGCAGCCCACCACAGUGUGCCACGGCUCGGCGCCCACGCGGGACGCCGCCCGGGCCGAGGCCGCCCGCCACGCCCUGCAGUACCUCAAGAUUAUGGCCGGGGGCAAGUGAAAACUCCCCCCCGACCCCAUCCUCCCCUGCCCCCUCUACCCCCCAAUAAACGUCCGGUUUGUAA